AUGCCGGGAAGAAAAAGGCUUGAAUUCACGUUUUUAGCCUCGUUGGUAACCAUAUUUAAAUACACCUCUGAGCUAACUCUUCCCUUUACAAUAACGGCCAUGUCUUCUCCUCAAGAUGGCGGCACUGUGGAAUCUGUCUGUACGUUGAAUGGAUCAGUUCCAGUUGAAAAUGCGGGGAAAUCAGGAAACAACGAUUUUGCCUGGACAGAUGAGCAGUACGGAAACAUACUCGGAGCAUUUUUCAUCGGCUAUUCAAUUUCUACCAUCGGAUCUGCUUUCGCAACGCAGAAAUAUGGGUUUUAUCCGUUGAUCAAGGUUUUGUGCUUCGGAAGUGCAACAACAACGCUUCUUUUCCCAUUUGUCGUCAGGAGAUCCUACCAACUCGGAUGUCUUUUACGAGUCCUACUUGGCAUCUUUUCCGGUCCAUAUGUCCCCGCUUUGCAAGGAUCAUGGUACUGGUGGGGCAUUCCCAGCGAAUUAACGACGAAUAUCGCGAUUCAAUCGGCUGGCGUGACGAUCGGGAAUAUUCUUGGCUCAGUCGGAAGCGGCAUGAUAAUCGAUUCAUUUGGCUGGGAAUACUGCUAUUACGUCGCUGGAACUUGCCAGAUUUUCGUUGGUCUUCUCUGGGCGGCUAUGGUUGAUCCUAAGCCAGACAGAGAAAGAGAAGCAUUUGGCUUUUGCGGGAUAAAGAAAUUGAAGAUUUCAAGUAGAAUGUCAAAAGAAGAAAAAUCUCUGAUAAAACAUUCUCGACCAGCAUCACUUCUUACAACAGAACUGCGGGAUAUUCCUUUCCGAUCGAUUAUAAUAGACCCUCAAGUCCUCCUCGCUCUUCUAGGAUUAUUCUCUUUUAACUUGAUAAUGAGCAGCACGAUCAGCGUUCCGACAUAUUUGACACGCGCUUUCGGGUUGCCACUUUCGAUAGUGACCUACGUUUUUGGAACAGUAGCGCUUGGAUGCUUGAUUGCUAGUUUACCUUCGGCGCUAAUAGUUGAUAAAUUACGAAAAAAGUACAGCACGACUUUUGUUCGAAAAUCAAUGAUUGUAUUUUUCUGGAUUCUGAUGCUCCCGUCAGUUUGCUGCAUUAAAAUUUUUGGUUGCAAUUUUGUUGGAGUGUCCGUCCUUUUUUCUAUUUAUAUUAUUUCAACAGCUGCUUGCGGAAUAGCCGGAAUACUGCCAAUUGCUGCUGAGCUGUCUGCAAAUUUCGGCCCGAUUGUGACUGGUUUCGCCGGUGGCAUCGGCAAUUUUGCGGGGUUCGCUUCCACUUCGCUCAUGGUUUACCUGCUCAAAGACAAAAAUCAAGAUGACCCCGCCAAUUGGAACCAGUUUUUUGUGGCCCCGGUUGGUUUCUUUACCGUUUUCAUGGGCUUUUUCCUUGCUUUUGGAAAGAUAGAAGUUCGACCGUGGGCGAAGAAAAGAACGACAAAUUUUCCUUUUCUGCUGAAAUGA